AGCCCUACAGUUCCAGGAAAUGUUCUACAGUGCGAGAUGACAUCUGUUUGCCUGCUGCUCAAAGGAACAGGAGCGGCUCAAAAGAAGGAAUAGUUCGAGUUAUCGAACUUUCGGAUUUAAUACAAAACCAACUUUUGUCACCCUUAGAACAUCUGAAUCAAGUCUGCACUUGGUACAAAUACGUUUCAAGCCGUACUAGCUCGAUUUUUCUUGGAUAUUUCUGUGGCAACAUGUCCAAGUCGGAUUUUCCUCCAGGGUACGAUGAGUCUCAUAACCCCCUCUACAGGCCCCAGGGUGGAAACUACCCCCCUCCACCAGCCUAUGGCUUCCCUGCAUUUGGUGGUCCACCACCAGGCCAGCCGUCUGCUCCCUAUCCCCCAGGUCCACAGGGACCCCCAUACCCUGGACAACCAGGGGGCUACCCCUCUGCCCCAUACCCAGGUCAGGGUUAUCAGCCUGGGCCUCCCGGAGCAGGGUACCCCACCCACAUGCCCAUACCACCCAUGAUCCCCCCUACCAUGCCUACAGAUGCACUCAGCUCAGGUGGAGAGGAGGGGUUUGCUGCAAGUGGUGCCAAUUGGGACAGUCUGGGUGUGCGACAUGCCUUUAUCAGAAAGGUGUAUCUGAUCCUGGCAACACAACUGCUCAUUACAUUUGGGAUUGUGGCUGUUUUCACAUUUGUUGAUGCAGUACGCCUGUAUGUGGUCAGAAACCCAGCAUUAUACUGGGCAUCAUUCGGUGUGUAUUUUGUCACUCACAUUGUGCUGGUCUGCUGUAAGGGACCCCGGAGGAAAUAUCCAUGGAACAUUAUCCUGUUGGCUAUAUUUACCCUAGCCAUGUCUUAUAUGACAGGGACAAUAUCUAGUUAUUAUGACACGAAGGCUGUGUUUCUGGCUCUGGGCAUAACUGCCAUUGUGUGCAUCAUAGUAACAGUCUUCUGCUUCCAGACCAAGGUGGACUUAACCUCAUGCGGAGGCCUGUUCUGUAUCCUGGGCAUUGUGGUCAUGGUGACAGGCAUCAUCACAGCCAUUGUGCUGUCCUUCAAAUAUAUACCAUGGCUGCAUAUGGUGUAUGCCUCCAUUGGAGCCAUAGUCUACACACUAUUCCUGGCAUACCACACACAGCUGCUGAUUGGCAACAGGAAGCACUCCAUCAGUCCCGAGGAGUAUGUGUUCGCAGCUCUUUCCAUCUAUGUUGACAUUAUCCAGAUCUUCCUCUUCCUACUGCAGAUCAUUGGUGCAUCCUCCAAAUGAGUCCCACAGUGAACAAAGACCUCUUUACCACCACCAGACAGGGAACGCUGCAUCAACAGGGUGUUCAAAUGCCACACUUUUUAAAAACAUUUAAUAUACAUUUGAUAUGAUCAUAUUAUAUAUAUAUAUAUAUAUAUUAAAUUAUUUAUAUAUAUAUAUUAUUAUUAUUAUUAUUAGUUAUGUACUAGCAAAUUGACAAUUGUCAUUGGUGUUUGUAAGAUAUGCACUCAAAAGGAUCUGCAAUGGUGUGUGUAUAACAUUGUGUUCUAGCCAAACAAUAAGGUAUCUGUUUCAAGUAAACAAUCCAAUUGUGGUAAAUAGAAGAGAUGCCUUGACCUUACACUAUUGUAGAUCUAAUGUAUAUGAAGUGCAUUGGAAGUUGAUUCAGAAUGAAGAGUAGGUAUUAUUGCUAAUAGGUAGUAUUUCUAAUGCUAACACACAAAUUAGCCGUUUUUUAUUUAUUAAAAAUGAAAUCACUUCCAAUUAAUGUAAAGCAUAUUUUUUAUAUGGGAUAAUCUAGAUACUAAACUACAAUGCCUUUUGCAAUACUGUUUUCUGAUGAUUUCACUGUACUAUGGGUAAAUUGUUCUAGGCUUUUCUGCAUGGAGUUUAGUUCUUAUUGGGACCCUGGAGUGUUGCUCUUGAUUCUGGAGUGAGAUGGUCGAGACACUUUCUUAUUCUAUUCAUGAUUACUAUUUAUGAUCCGAUUGGUCAAUUAGGUGUUCUUUAUACUUACAUUGUAUAUAAGUAAUUGUAAUUGAUUAUAUAAUCAUAUUACACUUUUUGGUAAUACAGGUGUACGAUUAUCAUUACUCUGUAAAAAAAGAAUGCAACUGACUGAAUGUUUAGCACCCAUGUGGAGGAUAAUGAUAUGAUAGUUCACUCGUCUAUUAUAGUAUCGUCUCAUUCAGUCUUCCUCCCACCUCUGUUACAUGUAUGCUAGUAAUCAGUGGUCCUCUUAACUUGGACCCAAUAAAAAGCUGAAAAUAAAUGACUCUUUAGAGCUAGCUGUAUAUGUUUCAGGAGCAUACAAUUACCCAAGUCAUAUCCCCUUCAUUUGCACUAUUAUAGAAGGAUAUGAGGGAAACACAGGGUACCAGUCUGGAUAUACGUCACUGUAACAGUAUAAAGCUAUGAGGGACAGACAGCAUUAAUAAACACACAUCAUUGUUUUGUUUUUGCUUUUCUUAUCAAAUAAAGGUUUUAUAUCACCAUUCAA